AUGUCCCGCGUCACUGCGCCCAUGUCAAAAAUCUCCCGAGCGCUGAGCGCCUCGUCGUCCAGCAUUGCCGCGCGCUCUGCCUCGCCGCUGCUGGACAGCUCUGCACACAGCGCGGGAGCGGCGCUCAUGCCGAAAUACGCCGAGCUGUUGCGCAACAGGAGCAGCGAGCCCUCUGAUUCUUCUCGCGGCCUCGCCACCACCCAUCGACCUACUCCCCAACCCUCUCUCGCCAACCGCUCCAAGCCACUCAUGCAGACAUUCCACUCGUCCGCCCCGGACUCCAUGAUGCACACCUCCACCACACACAUUGACGCCGCUGUACUUCCGUCAAUGAGCUCCCUCGCCAGCUCGUCAAGAACUGAGCAGGGGCCCCGUGUGCCCCUUCUCCCGGACAACUACGGCGCCGCCCAUAGCCCCCUCGCCUCUGAUGACGCCGUCAGACCAGAGGUGACGAUUGUGGCUGCUGACCCGGACAACGUUGUCCCCGGAGCGCCCUUGUCCGGAGUCGAGGGCAUCGGCUUGGACGGGAUUGAGCUCAAGUUCAUGCAUGAUGACGCUGGCCAACCCAAGGCGGACGAGAGCAGUGGCAUGAUUCGGGAUAUCUGGAAAGGCAUGGUGGAGGACGUGUUUGGCGGCACGCCCAAGAAGGCUGUGUGA